CGCGGGUCGGGGACAGGCGCGAGGAGGGCGGAGCGCCGCGCGGAGCGGAGGGGCGGGGUCACGAACUCUGACCUCCCGGAGCCGGAGCCGCCACCGACAAAUAACCCCCCAGGAGAGGCCGCCGGGAGCUGGGCCCGCCAGGAGUCUUCACAGAGUGAUUAUGCAUACGAGGUGUGAAGUGUAAUCUAGGUACCAUAGGAAAUUCUGGUGAUUAAAGAUCAUGGCAACCAUAGAGGAACUGGCCCAUCAAAUUAUUGAACAACAAAUGGGAGAGAUGCAGCAAUAUCUAUUGUUUUUCCAGUGUCUGAAAGAAGUGAAGUAGAUGGGAACAAACUGGCCUCAGAGUCAGUGCCAACAGGUGGAGGGAAAUAUCUUGAAGAAUGAACUGCGUGCUGAGUACACAUUCUAUUUUUGUAUUGCGCAUUCCCAAGGAACUGUUACUCAAACACUAAUGGAUGGGACAGCACAAAGAAUACAAAUUGUCCCAGCGGAUUCAGGUCUCUCUUUACCACAACGCAUACAAAUUGUCACAGACCAGCAGACGGGCCAGAAGAUUCAGAUUGUUACUGCACUUGAUCAGAGCACAGCAGGCAAGCAGUUCAUCUUAACAAAUCAUGAUGGCUCUACCCCAAGCAAGGUGAUCCUUGCCAGACAAGAUUCCACUCCAGGAAAGGUUUUCCUAACAACUCCAGAUGCUGCAGGUGUCAACCAACUGUUUUUUGCAUCCCCCGAUUUAUCUGCACAGCACAUCCAGAUUUUAACAGACAACACUUCCACUGAACAAACCCUAAAUAAAGUAUUUGAUCUCUGUGUCGUAUGUGGAGACAAAGCAUCAGGACGUCAUUAUGGAGCAGUAACAUGUGAGGGAUGCAAGGGAUUCUUUAAAAGAAGCAUACGAAAGAAUUUAGUUUAUUCAUGCCGAGGGGCAAAAGACUGUGUCAUUAACAAACAUCAUCGAAACCGAUGUCAGUACUGUAGGCUGCAGAGAUGCAUCGCGUUUGGAAUGAAACAGGACUCUGUUCAGUGCGAGAGGAAACCAAUUGAAGUAUCACGAGAAAAAUCUUCAAACUGUGCGGCUUCUACAGAAAAGAUCUACAUCCGAAAAGAUCUGCGCAGCCCACUUGCUGCAACUCCAACUUUUGUAACUGACAAUGAAACAGCAAGAUCAACAGGACUGUUAGAGUCAGGAAUGUUUGUAAAUAUUCAUCAGUCCGGAAUAAAAAGUGAGCCUACAGUGCUUAUGACCCAAGAUAAGGUUGAGGCCUGUCAGGGGGAUUUAAGCACACUGGCAAAUGUGGUAACAUCAUUAGCAAAUCUCAGUAAGUCCAAAGACAUGUCUCAAAGUAGUGCUGAGCUGUCUAUGAUUGAAAGUUUAAGCAACGGAGAUACAUCAUUGUCUGAACUUCAUCAAGAAGAGCAAGCAAGUAGUGAUGUUACCAGGGCAUUUGAUACUCUUGCGAAAGCACUAAACCCAGGAGAGAGUGCAGCAUGUCAGAGCUCUGCAGAGACUGUUGAAGCCAAUGUACAUCUGAUUGGUGGAGAAACAAGCAUGAAUAUCGUUGAAAUAGAGGGGCCGCUUCUCAGCGAUGCACAUGUAGCUUUCAGGCUCACCAUGCCUUCUCCGAUGCCUGAAUACCUGAAUGUUCAUUACAUCUGUGAGUCAGCCUCCAGACUACUCUUUUUGUCCAUGCACUGGGCACGCUCCAUUCCUUCCUUCCAAGCUCUAGGGCAAGAUAACAGCAUAUCAUUAGUAAAAGCCUGCUGGAAUGAACUUUUUACACUUGGUCUUGCACAGUGUUCACAAGUGAUGAAUGUGGCAACUAUAUUAACUGCAUUUGUUAAUCACCUGCAUGGUAGCUUACAGCAAGAUAAGCUGUCUACAGAUAGAGGAAAACUAGUGAUGGAGCAUAUCUUCAAACUGCAAGAGUUCUGUAACAGUAUGGUUAAGCUUUGCCUAGAUGGGUAUGAAUAUGCUUAUCUGAAAGCAAUCGUCCUCUUCAGUCCUGAUCACCCAGGUCUAGAAAAUGUGAUACAGAUUGAAAAGUUUCAAGAAAAGGCUUACAUGGAGUUCCAAGAUUAUGUAACAAAAGCAUAUCCAGAUGAUACCUACAGGCUAUCUAGGCUUCUUCUCCGAUUGCCUGCCCUCAGACUGAUGAGUGCCACCAUCACAGAAGAGUUGUUCUUUGCAGGACUGAUUGGAAAUGUUCAGAUUGACAGCAUCAUCCCAUAUAUCCUAAGAAUGGAGACAGCAGACUACAACUCUCAAAUUAUUGGUCAUUCUGUAUAAAGGUGGAAAACAAGGAUUCUAUGCCGUGGUGACGUAAAUGUACAUCACCAUGGCAGUCAUGGCAUACUGUCUCCAAGAGAUGGCAAGAAGCCUUCCCCGGCAACUUUUAAAAAUUUAAAGAAGGCUAAAAUUCCUCCUUUCCAGUACAUUUGUGAAAUGCUGCAGAGUGUCUUGAGGGAUACAGGAUGACUUCCUUUUUUCAUCUGGUUUUCAAGGACUUGUAAAUUAUCUGGCAUUUAAUGAAAAUCAAAAAUUAUCCACUGUAUUUUUGUAGAUAGAUGAACCUGGAAUUUUGUUUAUGAAGUCCAAAACGAAUAGGAAAAUCCAGCCUGGUGAAGAAGAGUGUUGACUGAAUUAAGGUGUCACUACUUAAUUUUAGAAAAAAAUAAAUUAACCUUCUUCUCUGAGUUGUGUUUUCAGUGUUUUGCUAUAAUUCAUUCUCACUGAUACAAUGGAACAUGAUGGUCAGAAAUCGUAAAAAGGUAAAAAUAUUUCAAUUGAAGUGAGACCUUUGUAAUCAACUUCAUUUUUCUUUCAGCUACUUUGAAAAGAGCUGAAGUUCUUGUUUUAUGAAGCAGUUGGUACCAUGAAAAGGGCAGGGAAAUAAUAGAAAGCACGCAGAUUUUUUUUAAUAUUCUGUUGAUACCUCGAUGCAGCAGAUCAUAGUCCACCUCCAUUAUUGGCAAUAAGAUUGAUGCUAUUCUGGAUGUCAAGAGUUUAAUAUGUUCUAGUGUUGUGUAUUGGCAGAUACUAGCUAUUUGUAUUAUACAGUGGGAAACUGACUAAGAAUAAACUAUUUUCCAAAAUAGUUUAUUACUAUAUCAGAUUUCUGUUGUAUUUUUCUAACUAAAUAAGUUUCUAGUACUGAUUGAGCCUAGAGUACACGUUGUUCUGUGCCUGGUGGGCCAUCAUUCUUCUAUUUAUCAUGACCUGAGGCCCUAUAAUGCAGGUUCUUCUGUUCUCUUCACCACAUUCUCUCCCUUCCCCAAGGUUUGAAUAAAUCUUUUCACUUCUUGUAAUAUAAAUUCAUGCUUCUGAUCAGGAGCUGAGUUUUCUUAGUAGGGGUAAUCUUAAACAAUAAAACAGAUAACUGAAUUAAGGGAUUUUUAUUUUUAUAUUCAUUUUGUUCAUUUACCAGCAUUUAUUUUAACUGUUGCAGUUAUUAUUGCACUUUGGUGUCUUAUGGGCUUUUUUAAGGAGUGAAGCUUGCUUUGAAGUUUACUGCUGCUCAGAUAAAUGUACCAGCUUUAAUGAGUUUCAGCUCAAGCCCAUAACUUUUUUGUCUAAACAGACACAUUUUUCUGAUCAACAGUGUCCACAGAUUCUCACAUCAUUGCCAUUCUGAUUGUUUUCGGAUUCAUUCUGUUGAAUAGCUUCUGCUGUCGUCAGUUAAAUUUUUCUGAGCUAUGUUGAUGUUGGAUAGAAGGCUGGCCAAUUUCUUUCCUAUUUCGUUACAGUCUGGUAACAUCAGUUGACCUACUACUGAAAAUUAAACUCUGAAAAUUACUACAUCAUGGGCAUUAAAGGUAUUUUUAAAAAUUCUCUAGCUUGACAAGUUUUUGGGGGAUGUCCCCUACAACACCUACUUUAUUUAUUUUCAGCAUUCAGUCUUCGCCAAUCUAACUAGUUUGCAUCUAGUCAAGACUUGUCAACCUAUGGUCUUUACCAGACAAUAAAGAAUGGCCUCUUUGCCAGUUGAAGGAUAAAAUUAUUUGCAACAGGUUUAUAACUUUUGAUUUAAGGAAAAAAUUGAUUUUUAGUAUAAACAGUUUGAAUGGAAAAGUGAAUAGUUUUGUACAUUUCAAUUAAAGAUGGGAGCACUGUUCUAAAUAAUGAACUGAGUAGUUCAAAAUAAUUUUUUCUUAAAAAUAUUUAUUGUACAGUGUGCUAGAUUAUGUUUCUUACUGGUAUAUUUCCUGGUACAGCUUAUAGUUACAUUUUGAAUAGUUUCAAAAGAACUUCAUUGUAAUGUCAACUGCAUUACAAACCAAUCCUCUCCUCUUAGUACAUUUGUUCUGUGUCCCCUCUCUUCAGUGUCUCUGAAAGUCAUUUGUUUGCUCAUUCCAUCCCACAUCUACAUCUUACUGGUAGUUCAGUUUUAAUAUAAGCAUCAGAAUGUCGCAGUGAUUGUCUUGCUGUUGUAUAAAAGCUACUGUAAAUGUCUUGAAACCUGACUAAAAUUGUAAAUUCUAUUUUGGCUGUAUUUUUUAAAAUAAAUUGUAACUUUUUAUUAUAGAAUAACAAUUGCAAUUACCUAUCAAUUUGUAGUAUUUUAUAUGAAUUGAUACAUAGACUGUGACAGUGUAUUCAAUUUCUUAUAGGUUGUCUGGGUACACUAUUGUUGUGCAAUGUAAUAUUGUCAAUAAGAAGACAUUGGGACAAUGCUAGUAGUUUGGUAUUUCUAACUUUGCCAUUAACACUUAGUUUCUCUAGCUGUUAGCUUAUGAGUUUGCAUACAUAAUACAUCUGAUAAUUUAUUGUAAAACUUGGACUAAGCAGUAUCCUUUGCUUUUAAAGCACUAUACAUUGAUAAUUAUAGAAAUGUGCCAUUAUGAGUUCUGGUAAUGGUUGUUCAUGUCACAAAUUAUAAUUUAUAUUUCAGGAUGUUUAUUCAAUGCCAUCAGAACUAAAAGACUGGUGAAUCAAUUUUGGAUAAGAAGUAGGACAUUGCUGGAUUGGAAGAUUUUUUUGGUUUGUUUAAGAAUGUAUUACAAAUUACAGCAGCAAUUCUGAUUUUGGUCUUGGUUUUAUCUCAGUUUUAAGUGUUCAAGGAUACAAUAGUUCUUGGAGAAAUCAUUAAAACACUCAAGGUCGUCCCAUAUUUACCAUUGUGGAAUUGGCCUCUGGAUCCAUGUCUUGUUACAGAAUUUAGCUUCUCACUGGUAGCUUAAAUAUUUAAAAAAUUAAACGUCUAUUCCAUUGCAACCAAAAGACAAUCUUCUGAAUGUAACUAAUGUGGUGUCCACAAGAGUGUGCUGGUAAUCUGAAACAAUAGCCCAAGGGAACGAAUUGCCAUCUAUUUUGAGGAGUGUUAAGUCUGAAAUAUAGUUAUGACAAUGUAAGUGUCAAAGCUACCUGUUUUGCUGCCUGUCAUCUUUGCAGAAACAUCCAGUUAAUGUGUUUAUUCCUCAUUUGUUGGGAACAGUGGUGGAUGUUGGCAUUUGAGUGGUUGCAAAUUUGCCUGAUUGCAAGAGGAAGGAACAAGGAAUCUUCCCCCAAAAACAAAAUUAAAUCUGUGUCUCACUCUGGCCCCAGUGCCCACCUGAUCUCAACCCCUGCUGCCAGGUCCUGUUCCCCAUCCCUGCCAAUCUCUAUACCUUAUCUUUCAUCUCUGCUUCCUAAUCCAUUUUCCCUCACACGGCUUUGUGCUCACCUAAGAAGGGAAGAAAUGAGUCUGGAGAGGAGCUUUAGGGAAAAGAGUGAUCCUCUGGUGAAUCAUAGGAGCUUGUUGGAGUGCAGCUUCUCUCCAGCUUUUUCUUCCCUGGCAUAUUUCCUCCCUCAGCAGAAACUCCACAGUUUCUUCCAUGAGAUGGUCUGUGUCACACACAUCCACUCUCCCUCUGAACCUCCCCUAUUUAUUCCUACUCCCCCUAUGACUUCCCAAAAUAUUUUCUACAUCCUCCCCAUCACAUGCACCCUGCUUUCUCCAUGGGCUCACUCCUGUUUCUCUAAUACAAUACACACACAGCCCACACCAAGCCAUGAAUGCCUCUGGACAACUCUCAUCCCCCCUCUGUGACCUUCCUCAUACAGCCCUGCUUCCCCUAGCCCCAAGCACUCAAAUGCAAAGCCCUAACCUCAACCUCAUAUUUGUUAAUUUACAAAUAACACAUCACAGACUUUUUCACUACAUGCAUGCCCAUAAGAAAUAUAUCGUUGUCUGAAGGGAGUUAAGGUUUUGCGUUUCAAUGUAAUUGUGAGAUACUGGAUGUGUGCAUUGUGGCGUGAUUCUGUGGUGGAAUUGAAAAGGUGUCUGCUGUACAUCUCUGGAAUUUGUUGUUAUGCUUGAGUACUCUAAUGUUUGGGUAAUGUUGAAGUUGAAGAUGCUGUGGCUGUUGAUACUGGCUUAACUAGCAAUUGUUCUGAUUUUUAGUGAUUGGGUUGUUAGUAAAGGUUGCUCAAAUUAACUUCCUAAAUUAACUAGGAGUGUGGGGAUGGGGUGAGAGGUAAUUAGUACAGCUCAUUUCAUUUAUAGCAGAACACAUGAAUUGGGUAUAGGGAUUCUCCUUGUUAAAUAUUCUGAAGCCUUCAGAUAGUUGGAGUUUUGGAUAAUUGAGAGAGCCAAACUGCCAGGCUCGAAAGCCUAUCUUCAUACCAGCUCCCAUAAUUAGAAAUUAUUUGAUUAUAUGAUUAGAUUAGCAAGACACAGUGGUUGAGAUAAUAUCUUUUAUUGACUUACUUCUGUUGGAGAGAGAGAGAGAGCUUUCAAGCCAGACAGAGCUCUUCUUCAGGUCUGGAAAAGAUACUCUGAGCACCACAGAUAAAUGCAGGGUGGAACAGAUUGUUUUAGGAUUGCCAACUUUCUAAGGCCUGCAAACCAGACCCGCUGCCCUGCCUCUUCCCCCAAGGCCCCAACUCCUGCUCUGCUUCUUCCUUGGCUCGCUCCUCUUCCUUCCCUUCUCCCCCUGUCAUUCUCUGCUUUCCCUUCCUCCUUGCUGGAUCCUCUCCACCUCCCUCCCCCACCAGCAGGGCUCCCUCCAGUCAGCGCCUGCUGCCUCCUGCUCAGGAGAUGCAGGUCUGAGGUGGCCCCAGCUGAGCAGGGGUAGUGCAGGUUUAUGACCUGUUGCCUCUCUCUUCCCCUUCCCCUCCCCUCUUCCCCCCCCCCCCACCAGUACAUCUGACCAGACACUGCCAGGUCCCCUUUUCAACUGGAGUUGUGGAACACCAGAUACCUAGCAGCCAUAGAUUGUUUAACACAAGUAGUUUAGCAUGUAUUCUAAGGGAUUGUUCAGGGUAGAGUGGCCCUUAACACCUCUGCAGUCAUAGGACAAAAAGGAGGGGAGGGUUGUGGGUUGCAGAUAUUUGUAAUAAGCCCUAAGUCCAUUGUGUCCAUUCAGUCCAUGAAUUUUAGUGUCUAGCAGAAUUAUGAAAUUUAGCUCCCAGGCUUGUCUUUUGAAAACCUCAAAGGAAACUGCCACAACGCUUUAAAAAAUGAGCCCACCCCCAGAGCCCUGCAGCUGAAACCCACCCCCAGAGCCCUGCAGCUGAAGCAAGGGAGGAGUCAAAGCUCACCCCCAGAGUCCCGCAGCUGAAGCGGUGGAGGGGGAGGGUGAAACCUGCUGCUGGAGCCUCUGGCUGAAACAGGGGAGGGGGGCUGAAGCCCACCCCUGUAGUCCUGCAGUUGAAGAUUGGGGGGGGGGGCUGAAGCCCUCCCCCAGAGUCCCUGGGCAUUGCAGAGAGGGGACACUGCUUUGCCCCUUCCCCCAUCUCAGCCCAGGAGGCUGUCAUGGCUGCAGAAAAACCUGGUGGCCACAUGAGAGAAACACAUCUGUUCCACUCUGCAUUUACCUGUGGUACUCGGAGUAUCUUUCCCAGACCUGAAGAAGAGCUCUGUGUAGCUUGAAAGUUUCUCUCUCUCACCAACAGAAGUUAGGCUAUGUCUACACUGCAGUUUUGUCGGUCAGGGUGUGAAAAAAAAAAACCACCCCAACCGACAAAAGUUUUACUGACGAAAAGUGCCAGUGUGGACAGCACUUUAUUGUUGAGAGACGCUCUACCUCCGACAAAGCCCCACAUUGGAGUUGGCUUUAUUUUGUCAGCAGAAGAGCUCUCUCCUGCCGACAAAGAGCAGGUACAUUGCAUACCUUACAAUGGCACAGUUGUCCCACCGAAAGGUGUGCAGUAUAGACAUAGCCUUAGUGUAAUACAAAAUAUUACCCCACCCAUCUUGUUUCUUUAAUAUCCUGGGACCAACAUGGCAACAAUUACACUGCAUACAACAUAUUAGAUUGGCAGGCAAACCCAAAACUGCUAACUCUGCAACUUCUAUUGUGAAAAGGUUAGAUGCUCCACAGGACUGAAGCUCGUUCCCUGUGGAGCUGCUUAGAAGUUGUGCCCUACUAAACUGCACAAGAGCUCUGAGAUCUAACCGUGAAAAACAGUGAAACUGUGUCUCUCUUUCAUGUUGAGGCUAGUGGAGUUCUCGUAUUGGAAAGUGAAGGCAAUGGGGCAGAGUUCUAUUUUGAAUUGGAACCUUAAGAAUUUCCAGACGACCUGACACAUGAUUUUAGAGCUAUCAGUGAAGUAUUAAUUCUAAUUUUUCAAAUUGUUUAUUUUUAACAUCAAAUCCAAAUUUUCUGACUUUCAAACAAUUGUUUGUUUAACUACAACAUUCCAAUUAUGUUUCGAAUUAAUGACUGUAUUAAAAAACAACUAUCUGAAUGCAGUUUUUGGCAUGGAAAUAGAUUUAUGUUUAAUGAUGCCUACAUAUAAAGGGAUUGUGUAGCUUUAAUUCAUGUUUGUAAAAGUAUAUUGAGAUCUUUGGAUUAAAGCUACUGUAAUUUCAAAGUGUUACUUGUAGAGUUCUUUGAGUUCCUAUCUCCCACAGGUGAACCCUUCUUUUAGAUCUAAUGGGCCAGCACAUUUGUAUAAAAUAGAUUUGGAAAUAUAAUCAAAAGUGAUCUGUUUUAAUUUAAAUUUGCAUGUAAAUUUGUUUAACCACUGCAACAAGUAAAAGUUGUACUGUAUAUUUCUUUCA